AAACCAGUCUUAGAAACCAUUUUGAGUUGGUUUCUUCAAAGGUUUUGGUGGUUCUGCAAAAGGGAAAUGGGUGUCAACACCAAUAGAGUAGCAGGGCAGGAAACCACUUUGAAAAUCCAGACUGAUUCUUUACCACCAUUAGAGAUACACAGAGUAUGUUUACCACCCAACAAAACCGGUUUUGAAAGGCUUAGACAUAGGCUUUCUGAGAUUUUCUUCCCAGAUGAUCCUCUUCAUAGGCUUAAAAACCAGACACUCUCGAAGAAAUUCAUUCUUUCUCUUCAAUAUCUCUUCCCCAUAUUUCAGUGGGGGCCAACUUACAGUCUCAGUCUUCUUAAGUCUGAUGUUAUCUCUGGACUCACCAUUGCCAGUUUGGCAAUCCCACAGGGAAUUAGUUAUGCAAAGCUUGCAAAUUUGCCUGCUAUAAUUGGGCUUUACUCCAGCUUUGUUCCACCAUUGAUCUAUUCUAUCCUUGGGAGUUCCAGACAUCUUGCUGUUGGUCCAGUUUCAAUAGCAUCUCUUGUCAUGGGCUCAAUGCUUGAAGAGACAGUCUCCCAUCUAGAAGAUCCAGUUCUUUAUCUUCAGUUGGCCUUCACUGCCACCUUCUUUGCUGGUGUAUUUCAGGCUUCUCUUGGACUGCUUAGGUUAGGCUUCAUCAUUGAUUUUCUCUCCAAGGCUACCCUGGUUGGAUUCAUGGCUGGGGCAGCAAUUAUAGUAUCCCUUCAACAGCUGAAAGGGUUGCUUGGAAUUGCUCACUUCACAACCAAGAUGCAAAUUGUUCCUGUAAUGUCAUCUGUUUUACAUCACAGAAAAGAGUGGUCAUGGCAAACCAUAGUGAUGGGCAUGUGUUUCUUGAUCUUUCUAUUGGCAACAAGGCAUAUUAGCAUGAGGAAACCAAAGCUUUUCUGGGUCUCUGCAGCCGCUCCAUUAACAUCGGUUAUUCUAUCAACUGUUCUGGUUUUCUUCCUUAGAGAACAUGUUAUUAAUCACAUCCCCACAAUUGGAAACUUACAACAAGGUCUAAACCCACCUUCAGCAAACAUGCUGUACUUUCAUGGACCUUAUCUUUCCCUUGCUAUUAAAACGGGGAUUAUAACUGGAAUCUUAUCUCUCACUGAGGGAAUUGCAGUUGGAAGGACAUUUGCUUCCCUAAAAAAUUACCAAGUUGAUGGGAACAAAGAAAUGAUGGCAAUUGGAAUGAUGAACAUGGCUGGUUCUUGCUCCUCAUGCUAUGUUACUAGUGGAUCCUUCUCUCGCUCCGCUGUAAACUAUAACGCUGGAGCCCAAUCAGUGGUUUCAAACAUAGUAAUGGCAGCAACUGUACUAGUGACACUGCUGUUCCUCAUGCCUCUGUUUAAGUAUACUCCAAAUUUAGUCUUGGCGGCGAUAAUUAUAACAGCCGUGAUUGGGUUGAUCGACUAUCAAAGCGCGUUUAAUUUAUGGAAGGUUGACAAGCUUGAUUGCUUGGCUUGUCUUUGUGCCUUCUUUGGUGUUCUCUUCAUCUCUGUCCAAAUUGGUCUUGCCAUUGCUAUCGGAAUCUCAAUCUUCAAGAUUUUAUUGCAUGUGACGAGGCCGAACACAGUUCUUUUGGGGAAUAUUCCGGGGACCCAAAUAUACCAAAAUCUUAUCCGUUAUGGAGACGCUAAGAGAGUUCCCUACUUCCUCAUCCUUGGAAUCGAAUCACCCAUAUACUUUGCAAAUUCCACUUACCUCCAAGAAAGAAUACUAAGAUGGGUCAGAGAAGAGGAAGAAAGAAUCCAAGUAAAUAAGGAUUGUUCUAUAAAGUUCUUAAUUUUGGACAUGACUGCUGUGACAGCCAUUGAUACAAGUGGAAUUGAAGCAAUAAGUGAACUUAAAAAGAUGCUUGAGAAAAGGUCAAUUAAGCUUGUGUUGGCAAAUCCUGUUAUAGAAGUAAUGGAAAAACUCCACAGAUCUACUAUUUUAGAGUCAUUUGGAAUGGAUGGGCUGUAUCUGACUGUUGGUGAAGCUGUAGCUGCCAUAUCUUUGUCACUCUUCAAGGGUCAGCCAUGAAUGCCAAGUAGUCUCUUACAGAGAAGAAUAUGAUUAUUUGUCAAAUAUUUGAGACCUUAAAUAACUAGUGUAGAUUUAUAGUCUCCUAAAAAGAGGAAUUUUUUUUUAUUUUUAAAUUUUAAAUAUGGGAUAGAGAUGUAUUAAUAAACCAAAUACUAUUUCCAUUGAGCUCUUAUAAGAGGAGGUUUUGAUGUGUUCGAGCC